AUGUUGAAGUUGUACAAGAAUAAGUUGUUAACGGACACCCAGUUGAGGCGUUUGAGCGAACACAAGUACUCCUGUCAAAGUGUCAGUUUGUUGGACAGUUAUUUGCAAGUUUACUGGAACUGGCUGGUGGCUAAAGUGCCUGUGUGGCUUGCCCCUAACCUCAUUACCAUCCUAGGACUAGUUAUUAACAUUAUAACAUCUUUAAUACUCGUAUGGUUUUCACCAGACGCGAGACAAGAGGCGCCCAGAUGGGCCUGCGCUCUCUGCGCCCUGGGGCUGUUUAUCUACCAAAGUUUGGAUGCCAUAGACGGCAAACAGGCCCGCAGAACGGGCACUGCUAACCCAUUGGGCGAACUAUUCGACCAUGGGUGUGAUUCCAUCUCCACAGUGUUUGUAGCCUUGUCCGCAUGCAUUGCAGUGCAACUGGGGCACUACCCUGGCUGGAUGUUCUUUCAGUGCUUCUGCGCAAUGACCUUGUUCUAUUGCGCACACUGGCAGACCUAUGUGUCAGGCACCCUGCGAUUUGGCAAGGUUGAUGUAACAGAGGCCCAAUUUACCAUCAUGGGUAUCCUGAUGGUGUCGACGAUAUUCGGACCCGGCAUUUGGUCGACCAAGUUUUUUAGCGAUUCUAUCUGUUUAUGGUAUAUUAUACCCACGAGCACAUUUGCGGCGGCAAUUUAUUCACUUUAUUGCAAUUUAGUUGUUAUUUUUACUGGAGGUGUGGGCAAGAACGGAUCCACCGUCGCAGUGUUUGGCGUACUACGCAUGGGUCUUUUGUCCGACACGUGUUUUUUAUUGGGGUUCGCAAACGUUUUUUUCGGUUUUUUGAAAAACAUACAAAAUGGCGGAUGCGGCAAAAACGGUUCUACCAUUGCUGUAAGAAAAACAAAAUGCGCGAUCUAUGUUUUAAUUCUUUUUGUAAUAACGCGGAAUUGGUGGUUAUUUUUGUUUUCAAUGUGAGGUAAUAUGUGGGAAAUUGUUUGUAAUACCUGCUUUAAGGAAUAUUUUUAUUAUAAUACUAUAGGUUUAAAUUUGUUUUAACAAUAAUAUUACGAAUUGCACCUUUUUAUUUAAUAGUAACACAUUAAUAUAUAUAGUUUUUAAAGGUUUAUACUGUAUCUUCUUGUGCAAAACAUUAAAAAAAAUGAACCACAACAAUUAUCAAAAAGUUUUAAAUUUAGGAGAUAGGACAACCACGCCAUAACUUUGACCGAUAAACACCGCAUGUUGUCGAGUUUGUUAAAUAUUGCAAAUAUAUAAAAAAACACAAAUUAAAAUAUUCAGUUGAUUUUUGUUUAUAGCUUAAAUAAUGUAAAUUAAAUUUUGCCAUAUCAAAAAUUGAUCGCUUAAAAUAAACUGCUUUUCAAUAAAAUAAAAUUUACACAAAGGAUGUUUCAAACGGUGCCAAAUCGCAAAAUCUUUUGAAGCAUCGUUCUGUAAAUUUUUGAGGGAUUUUUUUGGAAUUGACAAGUUGGAGUCAUUUUUCUUUUUUGUUUUUGUUUCUUUUUCAAAGAUUACGUCAUGGGAGCUGGAAGUAAAGCUGAUACCGAUCGCUAUAGCGUGUGCCGUUGCCGUACUGCUGGCACAGGCCAACGUCUCGGUGAUAUUCACGGGCGGAGUGGGCAAGAACGGAUCCACGGUCGCUGUAAGAAUGACAUGAGUCGCAAAAACAAAUUAAACAAAAAUAAUAAGAAAUUACCCCAUUUGGAAACUCUGUAAUAUCGAGUUCUAAAUCAAUGUUCGGACCGUUAUUUUUGACGUUUUGAGGUGUAGUUGACAAUCUAGAUUCCAUCUCACUGCUGUUGAUAAUUACUUUGACAAUACAAGCCAAGUUGCGAGCAAUUUCAAGUAGGCACUACUUAGCACUUAUGGCUAUGGCUUCAGGUUCUACUUAGCCAAGUUUAAGGCUUAUUUUAAGGAUCCUAAAUGUUAAAUUAGCCUUAAAGUGUCAUUAUUAGCACUUUUAUUAGGUUUAGGACUUGAUAAGAAGAGUUUUAAGGCAUGUGCCAUUUUUAAAAGUUGGGUCAUAAUGCUUGUUUCACGUUUUAAGGGGAUUUUUGACAAUAUAUAUUGCAUCAAACCAUGUGUUUCUUUGAACUUAUAAACCAGGAAAUUAACAAGUUUAAGUAAGCCUUACUUAGCCCUUGGGGCUAAGUUUAAAGUUCUAUUUUUUUAAAAAAUGUUAUGUAGAUUUUCAAACUAGCCUUAAAAUGUUACUUAAGCAACGCCAAUUAAAAAUGGUUUUUGCUCUAAGUAAGGUGUUGAUUAUUAUUUAAAAUCGUAGCUUUUUAUUACUAUUCUGUGUCGAAUGAUCCUAGCUAUAUCUAUCUGUUUCUAACAGUUUUUACACAUUGAUUGAACACAUUUACAGUACAAAACCGUUUCCUAUUUUUUUUAACAGAAUUGUGAAAAAACGUUGGAAUUUAAAAUUUAAAAAAAUGAUAGGUUCUGACGUUUUUUGAGCUUGUCAA